GUUUAAACUGAGUUUCUAAGGUGUCGUGGUUGUGAAGAUCGCAAGACUUGGAUUAUCCUUUGCUUUGUGAUUUUUCUACACGCCUGUUUGGGAUUUCUUCUUACUCCGCUACUGGACCUGACUUCUACACCGACUCUACAGCAGUGAUGAUGAACUUCAGAGGAGGAACCGCGCUUCAGCAGCACCAGGAUGUGGAGCCCGAGCCCGGAUGGAGCGGACUGGACGACCCCUGGAACGGGACACAGAGGGAGACGUUUGUGUUUCCGGAGGAUGAGGACGAUGACAACUGGCCUAUGAGAAGCCACUCUCCUGUAUGGAUCCCACCACCUGUGGGGAGCCCAGCCCCACCUAUGAGAGGUCCCUUUUCUGUAUGGACCCCACCACCUGUGAGGAGCCCAUCCCCACCUAUGAGAGGCCUCUCUCCUGUGUGGACCCCACCACCUGUGAGGAGCCCAUCCCCACCUAUGAGAGGGCUCUCUCCUGUAUGGACCCCACCACCUGUGAGGAUCCCAUCCCCACCUAUGAGAGGCCUCUCUCCUGUGUGGACCCCACCACCUGUGAGGAUCCCAUCCCCACCUAUGAGAGGCCUCUCUCCUGUAUGGACACCACCACCUGUGAGGAUCCCAUCCCCACCUAUGAGAGGCCUCUCUUCUGUAUGGACCCCACCACCUGUGAGGAUCCCAUCCCCACCUAUGAGAGGCCUCUCUCCUGUAUGGAUCCCACCACCUGUGAGGGGCCCAUCCCCACCUAUGAGAGGCCUCUCUCCUGCAUGGAUCCCACCACCUGUGGGGAGCCUCUCUCCUCUAUGGAUCCCACCACCUGUAUGGAUCCCACCACCUGUGAGGGGCCCAUCCCCACCUAUGAGAGGCCUCUCUCCUCUAUGGAACCCACCACCUGUAUGGAUCCCACCACCUGUGAGGUGCCCAUCCCCACCUAUGAGAGGCCUCUCUCCUCUAUGGAACCCACCACCUGUAUGGAUCCCACCACCUGUGAGGGGCCCAUCCCCACCUAUGAGAGGCCUCUCUCCUGUAUGGAUCCCACCACCUGUGGGGAGCCCAUCUCCACCUAUGAGAGGCCUCUCUCCUGUAUGGAGGAGACCAUCCCCUUGCAGAAACCUCUCCUCUGUGAUGAGUCUAUCCCCAGUAAUGCAACCAUCCCCAUUGAGGAGGCCAUCACCUUCAGGGAAUCCACAGAGUUUCACAGUUCCUCUGCCCCAGCCUCAUGUCCAGAUUAACCCUCACCACAUUGUGGCUGGUCAGCUGUAUGUUCCUGACCCACGCCAGGGCAUAAGGAGGAGGAGGGACGAAGAGGAUGAUCAAGAAGCCCCUCCGAGUAGACGGCAGCAUGUGGAUCAGGAUGGGUAGCUUGGUUUCAUCAGGAGGAUCGUCCGAUCAAGAGGAUGAUCAAGAAGCCCCUCCGAGUAGACGGCAGCAUGUGGAUCAGGAUGGGUAGCUGGGUUUCAUCAGUAGGAUCAUCAGAGCCCAUCAGGAGUGGGGUUUCUAUUUACAUGGGAGAGCUGUAUGUUCAGAAGCUCAGUCAUCACCUCAUCUUCAUCACCUCAUAUCCAUGAUGUAUGGUAAGUAUCUGUGGUAAGUAUCUGUGGUAAGUAUCUGUGGUAAGUAUCUGUGGUAAGUAUUUCACCUCUAGAUUUCAGCAUUAGUCUUUUUUUUUUUUCAGAGAGAGAUUUUAGCCUUUUAAACAUGUGGGGUGGUGAGAAUCUGUUGUUUCUUUUGUAUUUUGCAUUU